UCCGAUAAAUAACCCCACCGAUAGCGGCUACAAAUAAAUCCACCCCGCAAAAAUAUUCCUCAACACCAUCCUCACCUCUCCUCACCACACCACCACAAUGGCGCAGGCACAGGCACAGGAAGCUCUCACAACCACCGACCUUCAUGGCAUCCUCCCGCUCAUCGCGCGCGGCAAAGUGCGCGACCUCUACGAAAUCGACGCUUCCACACUGCUCUUCAUCGCAACAGACCGGAUCUCCGCAUACGACGUGAUCAUGGAAAACGGCAUACCAAAUAAAGGCAUCCUCCUAACAUCCUGCACAUCAACCUGGUUCCGCAUCCUCCAAUCCGCGCACCCGUCUCUGCGCACACACUUCCUCACCCUCUCCCUCCCACCCUCCAUCCCGCCGUCCCUACGCCCCGCUCUCGAGGGCCGCAGUAUGCAGGUACGGAAAUACAAAAUCUUCCCGAUCGAAGCAAUCGUACGCGGAUAUAUUACUGGCUCCGCCUGGAAAGAGUAUCAGGCGCAUGGCACGGUGCACGGAAUCAAGGUUGCGCAAGGGUUGAAGGAGAGCCAGGCGUUCCCAGACGGGCCGAUAUACACGCCUAGCACAAAGGCGGAGAUGGGUGACCAUGAUGAGAAUAUUCAUCCUGAUCGAGCGGCGCAAAUCAUCGGCGAGCCAUACGCCACCCGCAUCAGCGAUCUCGCGCUAACACUCUACAAAACCGCGCAUGAAUACGCGUACGAACGGGGGUUGAUUAUUGCAGACACGAAAUUCGAGUUUGGCCUCGAUACCGAGACGGACGAGGUAAUUCUCGUCGAUGAGGUGCUGACGCCGGACUCGUCGCGGUUUUGGCCGAGAGAUGGGUAUGAAGUUGGGCGGGGCCAGGAGAGUUUCGAUAAGCAGUAUUUGAGGGACUGGUUGACGAGAGAAGGGUUGAAAGGGAAAGAGGGGGUGAAAAUGAGUGACGAGGUGGUGAGAAAGACGGCGGAGAAGUAUACGGAGGCUUGGGAGAGGUUGAGUCGGAAUUAAUAUUAGGACAGGGUGGAU